GUUCAAUCAAUUCUAUGUUCUCUGACGUUAACGUGGAGCGUGGUCAGCUCCCUUUUACCUGUAGAUUAGUUAGGAUUGCUAUUAUUCGGUAUUUCUUAGGAAACGAAAUGGCGAAAUUCGACUUGACAUCGCGUAUAGGUCAAUAUCUCGAUCGGCAUUUAGUAUUUCCACUUUUGGAAUUCUUAUCUGCAAAACAGAUUUACGAUGAGGACGAGUUACUUCAAGCUAAGCUCGAUAUUCUUAGUAAAACAAACAUGAUAGAUUAUACAAUUGACAUUCGGAAACAACUCUACCCUAAUUUGGAAGUGCCAGAGGAAUUGAAAGCCCGUCGUGCAGAUGUACUGCAAGAACUUGGUAUUUUACAAAAUAACGUGUCCGUUGUUGUACAACUUAUGAAUAAUGAAGAAGUCAUGAAAAAGAUGGAAAAUAUGCGAGAUUCUAAAGCAUUAAAUAAUUACCUUACUCAAGAAUCUGAGUUCAGAGUGGAAAUGAUGGACAGUUUUGUGAAACUAGCAAAAUACCGUUAUGAAUGUGGCAAUUAUUCUGUUUCUACAUCGUAUUUAUAUUUCUACAUGCUUAUAAUGCCACCAACAGAUAAGAAUUAUUUAAAUGUACUUUGGGGUAAAUUAGCAUCAGAAAUUCUAGUGCAAAAUUGGGAAACCGCACUGGAAGAUGUAAACAAAUUAAGGGAAUACAUUGAUAGCAAUGUCAUAGGAAACUCUCUUCAAGUAUUACAACAAAGGACAUGGCUUAUUCAUUGGAGUUUGUUUGUAUUUUUUAAUCAUGUGAAAGGCAGAGAUUUAAUCGUAGAAAUGUUUCUCUAUAGACCACACUAUCUAAAUGCAAUUCAAACAAUGUGUCCUCAUAUAUUGAGAUAUUUAGCAGCUGCUGUCAUUGUCAAUCGUUCUAGACGAUCUAUAUUAAAAGAUCUUGUAAAAGUAAUACAGCAAGAAUCUUAUACAUACCGUGAUCCCAUUACAGAAUUUCUAGAACAUUUAUAUGUCAAUUUUGAUUUUGAUGGGGCAAGACAAAAGCUACAAGAAUGUCAAACAGUUGUAUUUAAUGACUUUUUCUUAAUUGCGUUGCUGACUGAAUUCGUAGAAAAUGCGCGUUUAAUGAUCUUUGAAACAUUCUGUAGAAUACAUCAAUGUAUAAGUAUUGGAAUGCUUGCAGAAAAACUUAAUAUGAAGGCAGAUGUAGCAGAAUGUUGGAUUGUUAAUCUAAUCCGUAAUGCACGACUAGAUGCCAAAAUAGAUAGCAAAUUAGGACACGUUGUAAUGGGUGGGCAACCUGCGUCCCCAUAUCAACAACUGGUUGAGAAAAUUGAAACUUUAAGUGUCCGUAGUGAAGCAUUAGAAAAUUUAAUUGAACGGAAACUAAAAGCUAAAAAUCAAGACCCUGUAAUAUCAAACUUCAUGGAACCUGGACUUAUGACAUCACGAUGCAAUAUGCAGAGACGUUGUCUAAAAAGAUGUUUAAUUCAUCUCGCUAUAAGUGACUUAUCUCGAAGUGAAAUAAUUCAAUUCUAUGUACGUAAACUGAAGCAGAGCUCUAUUACAAAACAGAUAUAUUUUUAUUCAUACAUUUUUGUAAAGAGAAUUAAAUUGAAUGAAUAA